AUGGUACUGAGCAAGAGGUUCUCCAAGGACGUCGGCUCCAUGCUUCCCUCAGUGGAAGAGGCCAAGGAUGCAGAGGAAGAGGAGGAGGGGGUCCAGGUCAGUGUGGGGGGCAUCCCUAGCAGACCACCCAGCAGACCCCUCCCAUCCCUGAGCAGAGGAAGUGUGGACAAUAAGAUUGUACAAAGGUCAGCUUCAGCAAGAUCUAGGAAUAAAGGAGACAUCAACAAUGAAAUUACGGAAGUCUCAGAGUCUAGAGAAGAGGCGGUGGAGAAGUCACCAGAGCAAUUCUCCGAAGACUUUACAGAAUCAAAAGAAAAUGAGGAAGACUGUGACACAGAUUUAGAAAUAGAAGAAGCCAGAGGGGCCUAUGACCCCUCUGGUAAAGCCAGGUACCUGUCUGCCUGCCAACUAUUUGGUGUUGUGCCAGUAUCAUACUUCUUGCGGCACAUGGGUGAUUCUAAUCUUGUGAUGAGGCAUCAUGGACUAGGUGCACAGGCUACAAAAGCAAUUGCUCUCUCUUUAGUAACCAACACUUCAAUCGUCAAUCUAAAUCUCAGCGAUAACUGGCUUGAGGGAGAUGGUGCAGCGGCUAUUGCAGACAUGCUAAAGGAA